CGAUGCGUUUAACAUCAAUCACAUCCAGUGCACGGAGCGCGUACGCUCUUCCGUCUAUCAGUUGGAAAGUGCACUCGCCUCGGGUGUGGGAUGUGCGUUUCUCCGCUCUGUUAUCCCGUAAAAAUCGGAUCCUCUUUUCGCAGGGAGCUGUAUUUGUGAGUGGCUCCACUGGACGUGCCGUGUAUUCCCCAUUCGCACACAGCCUAAAGUUGGGACUUUAGACUUUCAGCACCACUUUUCCGUGGACAGCGCUCGAAAUGAUUUUCGGAGAUCGACGCAGCUUUGAAAUGCGUGUAGAUUCCUGCUGGAUACUAUUCAGAAACAAUCUUUAGAGGUUUUAUUUGUAAGCCACAUUUUUUCUUUGGUUUUACAUAUAUUGCUAUUGAAAAACCGAUGCGAUUUUGCCUUGGAUAUGGGUCACUUCUUAUAGAAAAAGGAUUCUUCGUGGAAAGGAGGAAGGGGGAAUUCACUCUGAAGCCUGUGGACCUAAGCAGGCCUGAGGGCUCUGACAUAUACCAAAUCCCUGCCCAGGGGAACAGGGGGAGAUUAAAAACUUCUGAUUGAGGUGGAGAGGAAAGAGACACAGAGAGAGGGAGCGAGAGACGGAUAGAGAGAGAGAAAAAAAAGCUUAUCGUUCACCUUUGUUCUUCCUAAUGCCCCAAGUGAAGGAUCUCCAUAGGCGAGUCUGUGAAUAACAGCAGACGCAAGAACAGCUGCCCACCGCUGCGGUCAGAUGAUGGAGUGAGGGAGUGAAAGGGAAGAAGGGAACAGGAUUACAUCCUGUGAAAGAGCCAAGCUCAUAUUCUACAUUAAUUGAAUGCUUGGGAGAGAGGAGAGACAUGAGACGGAGUCUUUUCUGUGCCAACUGCUUCAAGAGGUAUUGCAAUUAACCCUCUGGCCAUCAUAAAGUAAUACCUGGCUUUUGCUGUUCGCUGAUUGCUGGGUCCGGUUGAAUGGUGUGGACGUGCGCUCAAGCCGCGAUCAUGUUUCAGUCCCCAGCGUGUAGACCAGAUCGGACCGGCUGUCAAAGAAACAGCCUAAUUCUGCCGCUGAUGCUGCUGCUGCUUCUCUACGGCUCCCUCAAGGCCGCUCAGGCUGCCAAACCCAAAGGCCCAGGACACACACAUUUGAACUCCAUCCGCAUCGACGGAGAUAUCUCCUUAGGCGGGCUCUUCCCAGUGCACGCCAGGGGCCACGAUGGCAAGCCAUGUGGGGAGCUGAAGAAGGAGAAGGGUAUACACAGACUGGAGGCCAUGCUCUUCGCCCUUGACCGCAUCAAUAAUGACAAUAAUCUGCUGCCCAACAUCACUCUGGGAGCGCGGAUCCUGGACACCUGUUCCAGGGACACUCACGCCUUGGAGCAGUCGCUCACCUUCGUGCAGGCUCUGAUCGAGAAGGACGGGACCGACGUCAAGUGCCUCGGAGGCGGGGCGCCCAUCAUCACCAAACCCGAGAGGGUGGUGGGCGUCAUCGGAGCGUCGUCCAGCUCGGUUUCCAUCAUGGUGGCCAACAUACUGCGCCUGUUUAAGAUACCCCAGGUGAGCUACGCCUCCACAGCUCCGGAGCUCAGCGAUAACACCCGCUACGACUUCUUCUCCCGCGUGGUGCCUCCAGACACCUACCAGGCCCAGGCCAUGGUGGACAUUGUCAAGGCCAUGCGCUGGAACUACGUCUCCACGGUGGCCUCUGAGGGGAACUACGGAGAGAGCGGCGUCGAUGCUUUCAUCCAGAAGUCUCGGGAGGAUGGUGGCGUGUGCAUCUCCCAGUCAGUCAAGAUUCCCCGAGAGGCCAAGCUGGGAGAGUAUGACAAGAUCAUCCGACGGCUCAGAGAAAACCCAAACGCAAGAGUCGUCAUCAUUUUUGCCAACGAAGACGAUAUCAGGCGGCUCCUGCAUGCAGCGAAAAAGGCCAACCAGACAGGUCAUUUCAUCUGGGUGGGCUCAGACAGCUGGGGCUCAAAGAUCUCUCCGGUUGUGCAGCAGGAGGAGAUGGCGGAGGGAGCGGUCACCAUUUUGCCCAAACGCCAAUCCAUCAAAGGGUUUGAUCGUUACUUCAUCAGCCGAACGCUGGAAAACAACAGAAGGAAUAUCUGGUUCGCUGAGUUCUGGGAGAACAACUUCAACUGCAAACUCAGCCGUCAUGCCGUGAAGAAAGGGUCCGGGCUCAAAAAGUGCACAAAUCAGGAGCGAAUAGGAAAGGACUCGAACUACGAGCAGGAGGGAAAGGUGCAAUUUGUCAUUGACGCUGUCUAUGCAAUGGCUCACGCUUUGCACAAGAUGCACCAGGAGCUCUGCCCGGGGAAGGUGGGACUCUGCGGCAAAAUGGACCCCAUCAAUGGGACUCAUCUGCUCAAGCACAUCCGUCGUCUAAACUUUUCAGGCAUAGCUGGCAACCCCGUGCUCUUCAACGAAAACGGAGACGCCCCUGGACGCUACGAGAUCUACCAAUACCAGAUCAGAAACCGAACGGCCGAAUACAAAAUCAUCGGCCACUGGACGGAUCAGCUCGAUCUGACCGUUCGUUCGAUGCAGUGGCCGGGCGGCGUCCGUCAGAUCCCUUCUUCAAUCUGCAGUCAGCCCUGUCGGCCCGGGGAGCGCAAGAAAAUAGUGAAGGGGAUCCCUUGUUGUUGGCACUGUGAGCGCUGCGAUGGCUAUCAGUACCAGGCGGACACCUACACGUGUAAGAUGUGCCGCUUUGAUUUGCGGCCCAACGAGAACCACACAGGCUGCGUUCCAAUCCCCAUUGUUAAGCUGGAGUGGAGCUCUCCAUGGGCAGUCAUCCCUGUGCUAAUUGCAGUGGUUGGCAUCAUGGCCACUGUGUUUGUGGUGGCCACGUUCAUCCGCUACAACGACACUCCAAUUGUGAAGGCAUCGGGUCGAGAGCUGAGCUAUGUGCUGCUAACUGGCAUCUUCCUCUGUUACGCCACAACGUUCCUGAUGAUUUCGACCCCCGACGUGGGAAUCUGCUCCCUCCGCCGGAUCUUCUUGGGUCUGGGGAUGAGCAUCAGUUACGCAGCUCUGCUCACCAAAACCAAUCGUAUUUACCGCAUCUUCGAGCAGGGCACGAUGUCUGUGAGUGCUCCCAGGUUCAUUUCUCCAGCCUCACAGCUAAUCAUCACAUUUACCCUGGCUUCAGUGCAGCUGCUUGGGGUGUGCAUCUGGUUUGGCGUGGAUCCUUCCAAGGCCAUUAUUGACUACGAGGACCAGAGGACAUCUAACCCGGUGCUGGCUCGUGGUGUGCUCAAGUGUGACAUCUCUGACCUGUCUCUCAUCUGCCUGCUGGGCUACAGCAUGCUGCUCAUGGUCACCUGUACAGUCUACGCUAUUAAAACCAGAGGGGUGCCAGAGACUUUCAAUGAGGCCAAGCCCAUUGGUUUUACUAUGUACACUACCUGCAUUAUUUGGCUAGCAUUCAUCCCAAUCUUCUUUGGCACUUCACAAUCCACAGAAAAGAUGUACAUCCAGACGACCACGCUGACCAUCUCCGUGAGCCUGAGCGCUUCGGUGUCCCUUGGCCUGCUCUACAUGCCCAAGGUCUACGUGGUCCUCUUCCACCCCGAGCAGAACGUGCCCAAGCGCACGCGUAGCCUCAAGGCCGUGGUCACCGCCGCCACCAUGUCCAACAAGUUCAACCCCAAGGCCGGCCUCAGACCCAACGGGGAAGCCAAGACCGAGCUGUGCGAAAGCCUCGAAACACAAUCUUUCUCGACAAAGCAAACCUACAUCAGCUACAGCAACCAUGCAAUCUAAAGGACAAAGGUUCACAUCACAAUUCAGGAUUUCAAACCUGGUGGAGAAAAAAAAAAAUAAUAAUAAUAAUGUGCAGAGGAAUUUCACAAGGCUGGCAAAAAAGAAAAAAAAAGAAAAAAAAAUAGAGGAUGUGUCAUUGUGCAGGUGGAGCAUUUCCCAAAGACGUGACAUGGCAAGGAGAGACCACAAAGAGGAGCGGGGAUGGACAAAAACGAGCUCCGGGACAGAUAACAGGACAAUUUUAAGGUUCCAUCUCCUGUCUGCCUCAUGAGAUUACACCCAGACAACAAAAAAAAAAAAAAAAAAGAAGAAAAAAAGCAAAACAACUUGCAUGGCAGAGGCCGGAGACUGAACGAUGGAGCUUUCUGUUUGAGUGUUUACAUUUCAGCUGUGCCCUCCGUCAAACACGCCUCUGUUGUCCUGAGCAGCGCUGACCGAAGCCCGGACGAAAUCAAGAAUACGUUCAGGUGUCCUCGGUGUCGUCUGCCAGUUUUCGCGAACUCUAAUUAAUCUUCGGAAUCCUCGAGGCAUCGCACGGGAUUAACCAACACCAAAAAGGCAUGAGAACACGGUCCACGGCUUUCUUAACGGGGGGGGCCGAUGUUUUUGUUGUUUUUGUCGGACGACUGGAAACGGGGACCACCUCAACAACGCGGCAGACGUCCACGCAAACUGUUUUUAUUUCCUCCUCAAGUUUUCCGCUGAGUUCGCGACAACGACCUGCGAGAUGCCGAUUUUGAGCAUGCCAGUUUCAACAUCCUGUGUUGUGUUGUUAAAUAAAAAAAAUUAAAAAGAAGAAAUAAUUAUAUCUUUGGAAUGCGUUUAAACUCCGUUGCAGCGUUGUUAACAAUUGUUUGGGCCUGAGCCUGUUGUACGUUUAAAAAACAAAACAAAAAAAAACUGUUCUCAAAUGGUGAAGGUCUAGUGAGUGAUUGUUUAUCUGUGCUUAAGUGAGGCCAUGAUUUGUAUUACCAGCUAGCCCAAGGCUGCCACUGCCCUCCGCAUACCUGUAUGUGCUUUGAAACAGUGACUCUCGUGGUUGAAACAAACAACCAGGAGAUCUUCGCUGUGAGCUGUCAAUCCAGGACGAGCCUCCCAUCACUGCCAGCAGCUACUCCGUCGGCCGCACGUACGUCGCGUGAGGGGGAAAGCUUAGCUGCGCGGAUCCAUUAGUGUGGGAAUUAAGAUGAAGUAUGCCCUUGAGAGGAUCUUCCAAUAUGCCCUGAAGGUGAUAUCCAUAAUGGACCAGUGACUGAGAGAAUUUAUUACGGAGUGUGUCCUCCUCGUGGGCACUUUCGUGAUAAGGAGGAGGUGUCAGGAAGUUGUAAGGCUUUUUAACAGAUGAAAAUCUAAUUGCUAAAAUAUACAAUAUCUCUAUCAAUCACCCUGAGCUCGCUGAACAGAUUAAUAGUCGGCUUUGUGCGGUAUAAAAGCCCUCUAAUGUCUUGGGGAAAACAUCGUGGGGUCAUUUGUGUUGUGAAUUCAAUGCUGCUUUUCAUGCCUCCCUCUGUAUUACUUUCAACACCAUUUGUGUUGCAGAAUAAAAUGUGAGUGCUGACCAAAUUAAAUGGCAAGUUAAUGUAUGUUAUUAAAUAGAUUGAUGAUGUCUGCUUUAUGUCCUGACAAAUCCUAAAAUUGGGGAAAAUGUACAAAAAAGAUACAGUGCCUGGCUAUCUGACUAUGUAUUUGUAAAACCUCAUGACAACUAAUGGAGUGUGUGACGCAUGUUUAGUUUUGUUCCUUCCUUUUUUUUUUAUACAAAAUAUUAUUUCUAUUAAAAAUGUUUCCAAACUUCAA